AUGGCCGAUUGGUUGGCAGAGAUUGCUCUGUCGAGCCAGGUUUCGGCGCCGGCGCCGGGAUCGUCCAAAUUCAUCGCUGGGGUUCUUUUGGACCUGAACCAGAUCCUUGUGGAGCCGGUGUCGCAGUACGCCUCUCUCAUCACUGAUGGGGUGGAUGAAUUAGCCGGAUUUCUCCAUAAGGUGAAUCAAGGACGUACAAUCCCCAGCGCCCUCGAAAGCUUGUUGAAUGGUGUGCCAUUGUCGCCACAUCCCCCGACUCGAAGUGUGUCUCCGAUGCCGCAAACAACCCCGGCAAUGCGGCACCUGGUGCUGCCGGCAGCACCACCCAAAUUCAAUCCACAGCAACCCUCACCUACUCGAGCGGAGAGAGUCCCGCUAACGCAAUCUACACCAGCAUCUCGACAUCAGGGUCUGCUUGCGGGUCCACAAAGAGUCCAUCCACUGCCCAACUCACCUACGAAAUCGCAAGCCAAGCCACUGCCGCUCCGACAAGUUCAUGAUGCGGCUACUCUAGGAGCACCUCAACUUCUCCCCAGUCGUCAACUAUUACCUCGAGAUCCAGUGUCUCCAUCACGAUCGAACAACACUGGCAAUGCUGACGACUCUUUUGAAGCAGUGUUGGGAGCUGCCAGACAAAGUUUAGCUGAGAAGCGGCGAAUGCAGCGUUUACCAACGUCACCCAUGCGUAUGCAGUUCAAACCGAAAGCAUCAACUCAGACGCCACCAAAUCUUGAUCUGGAUCAAUUAUCCCCGAUUCGACUUCCUAAAACGUUACUUGGUUUCAACUCCGCAAACAGCCUUGCCAAAAAACCAUUGUCCGCUGCAUCACCAAUACGACAAGUCAAAACGUCGAAAAUUCUAUCCCAUACCCCGUCAUCAAUUGCAAAGUCUCCCGAGUCGCGGCCACCACCACAGUCAUUCCGUGACACUUUGACAAGUGGUCAUUUGCAAUUAACACAGUUUGAGCUGAAUCAACUCUCAUCAAGGAAACCGCUGGAGUUCCAAGAUGCACCUCUAGUUAAGGCCGAUGAACAAACCAAUGUCGCCUUAGAAGAAGCUUGUGAUCAGACACGACCUGUUGCAGUGCCCUCAAUAACUGCAACACCAGCAAAACCCUUACCAAAGUCCGACGAUGCUACUAUAAUCUCACCCGUGGAUACCACAAAAAUCAGAGCCGAAUUCCGUGCCCAAUCGCGCGAUUUGGCGGCUAUGCUGCUUAAACUGCCCUCCGUCAAAGCUUCCACAUCGGUUCCUACGACUACGAUUCCGUCCAAAGAGCAAAGCACGGUAUCUGCGCCUCCACGAAAAGUACCGUCUUUGGUGUCGUUCUCCUCAUCGCCGAAAGUGCACAGAGUGACGAAACCUCGAACUAAUGAAAGUCGCAAUAGACUUUUGACAGCCACUCUCAACUCGUCACCCAACAGGUUGCCGCGUGACUGGAGAACACCUCGUCAUGAUUCUGUAAGAGUUCCACAUAUCCCCAAGAUUCUGACCACUCCCAAACUCACCAAACUCCCGCUGUUAAAUCCUCGGACGGCUUCAUCAAAGAAACCUCGAAAUCAAGGAAAUGCUGUGCCCCUUCCAAUGGAAGCUCGUGGAAUUGCUCGUAACAAAAGAAAGGAAGAGUUGCCAGUUCCACUGGCUAAGCGGUCAGCAGUGUCUUCCUCUAAUACUAAUGGAUCAGGAGCCACUACUGCGACGGUAGCACUGUCCAUGGCCAAUGGGGCGGGAACUACGUUCACUAUUAAGACACCUUCCAGGUCCAAUGGAGCCGGAACUGCUUUCAGUACGUUGACUUCUGCCCCGACCAAUGGUCAUCGAAGUCUGUCGCAACAAGGUGUCUCACGCGGAGUUUCGGAUACCAAGAAAUCGAGCGGGGCGUUCGUCCCCAUUUGGCGCCAACUAAAGGAUAAAACCUUGGGAGCUCCCACCGUUUCAUUGCCCACUGCUGGUACAGUGGGCACUCCUGAUACCCUACCACAUAUAUCGAGUAGCCCUGAGCAAGGCGGAGACAAAGCUUCACACAGCAAUCACCGAAUCUACGAGAAAUGGGCUGCUAGCCCUGAACUCAGACGAAGAGUGAAGAAUAACCGGAACAAGGAUCCUACCCAAUUCUUUGUACCGCCUCAACAUUACGAUUGGCGGGCUGUAUUUGACAACUCGCUGUCGAAAUGGCGGGCUCGAGUGUCACCAUACUCCUCACCGCUAAAACGAGACGUCGAGCGUGAAGUGAAGUCAUACGCUGAGCAAAUGGGUUACCGAUAG